AUGAAUAGCAAUGAUCAUUAGCUUUUGAAUUCAUUAGAAUUCGUGAACCAUUAUUAAUUAAGGAAUUUAUUGGAGGCUGAUAGACCUUUGACAGAGGAUUCUUAAGGAGUUCAGCACCUGAAAUCAUUGGAACCAAUAAAUUAUAUUUGCUUGGGUGUUCUGCUCCUUAUUCUUCUCUGCUUACUAAUAAUUUUGAAAAAUCACUUCAUAAAAUAUGUGGGGUUCUAUAUAAUUCGCAGAGACUUUGAAAGACUCAAAGCUGUGCCAACUAAUUAACCCCUUGAUAAUGGUUAAAACUAUUAAAACACGCCGAUUACUUCAAAAAGACUCACAUUCAGUUAAAAGAAGUAGAUAUUCAAGGAAAACUUUAAAAGAAAUAUGACCCUUUAUCAUCCAGUGUUUUACUACUUUGCUUAAAAGAUCACCUAAACUCCAAUUGUAAAAUUGCCUUUCUAAAUUCAUAAUGGCCUUACAAUCAUUUCUCUGCUAAUUUUAGCUACUUUUGCAUUACUAGUGUCUAGAAUAAACUCAUCAAUUUGUGAGAUUCAGAAGUUUAUGAGAGAUAAGUCUUUCUAAUGCCAGAAUGCAAAUAAUUAAGGAAUUUAAGGAGACGGUGUUUUAUAGCUUGGGCUAUCUGUCUUAGUAGUAUUAAUUUCUCUCAGUUUUAUAAUAGUUGGCACUUACUAUAUUUCCAAAAAUUAUUUCAAAUUUAUUGAUCAGUUAAGACUCAGCAAUUUAGAAACUUAUGGUACAAACUAAUAGUUGACUCAAGCUAAAGAAGAAGCUGAUUUGAACAAUCCCAAGAAUUUGAAUAAUAAUGGACUUGGUGAGUAGCAAUUGACUCUAUAAAAUAUGUUGGGUGAGGACUCUGAAACAACACGUAGAUCACUUAAGCCAACUAAACAAGAUAAGAAUUCUAAGAAGAACUUAUUUUAAAUCAAUGAAGAUGAAGAAGAAGAACCAUUUUCUCCAUCUAAAAGCAAUAAUUCUGAAAUUUAAGUAGGAGAUUCUUUAUCUCAUAAAAACGUCUUAGAUGAGAAUAAGAAUCUCCUUAAUAAUGGGAAUAGCACUAACUUCCUCAAACUUUCUUCUUCUCAGCUGGAUUACCAAAUCAAUGACCCACCUCAAUUCUCAAGUUACAACAAAAAUAAUGAAAUUGAAGGAGAGAACAUGAGUAGAGAAAGCCAUGAAAAAAAUAAGAAAUAUUUGAAAAAUGCUUAUUCUGAUGCGAACCUAAUGAAAAAUAACGGAUUAAAUUAAGUUAAGAAUUAAUUAAGACCAAAGUCUCAAUUAAAAUCUAAUAGGCAUAACAAUAAUAGCCAAUUUAAUAAGAAUGGCACCUCUAAUUAUGGUUUGUCUGAUGAUACAACUAUCAUUGAUGGUGGCAUAAUGAAUCAAGCUAAUACAAGUUCUAAAAAUUUAAAUAUGGAUUAGGAAAAUGAAGAUUAGAUGGACAUUGAAAAAUUUGCAAAGGAUAGAAGGUAAGUAAUGACUACUUAAAAAAGAUGCUCAUUUGAUAAAAAUACUCCAAGUCAGAAUGAAUUAAGCUAAAAUAGUAAGGAAGAAUCUAAAGAUGAAGAUUCAAGCAGGAUUUUAAUGAUGAAAAAUGGACAAAGGACUUAAUGCCCUAGCAGAGAAAGCAACUUAAGUCAAAGCUAAAAUACAGAAAAAAAUUAAGGGAUAUAUCAAAUAUUGCUUGUAAUUUUUUUACUAGCUAUAAUAUCAUCUCUGAUUCUAUGUAUUGGAUUCUUAAGCUAUUCUUUCUACAAUAUGACAACCCAUGGUUUAGUCAAUGCUCUUAGUAUUUUUGGGUUGUCUGUUAUUCUAGAUAUUAUGCUUUUAAGAGUGAUUGUUAUUGCAGUUAUAUCAGUUAUUACAGCGCAUAAAGAGAUUAAGAUAACAAUAACUCAAAAAUUUACUUAAGCAAAGCUGAUUGAAGAUGAUGAGAUAGGCUUAUUAGAGGAUAUCUAUUUAGAAUACUAGGCACCGAUAAAUAACUUCAUGACUUCUCACACUCAAAACACUUCCAUAAAAUUUAAUUGUAAAAGCAAUAUAGAGAAAGAUGAGGAAUCAUCAGACUAGCAAAUAAAUUUGAAUCAAACCCCAGAUAAUAACAACAACCCUUAGGAGCCGGUAAAUAAUUAUUUAACAAAUUAGAGAUUUUUGAAGUUUAAAUCUAAGAAUAAUAAAAUGAGCUUAGGAGAGAUGAUGCUAGUAGACUCCACAUAUUUCUAUCAUUAACCAUAACUAAUGCCACUUAGUGAGAUUAAAAAGCAAAUUGAGAUACACGAAUAGGAAUUAAAAGAUGAAGCUAAGAUUAUUAACAGAUCCAAGUAAAGUCACAAACAAAAAAUUGAGAUAUCUGAUACAAUAUAAUUUGAUGCUGAGAGAGACUUGAAGCUAAGGCAAGCUCAUCAAGAAAAAUCUAAGGCGAAGGAUACUAGCAACUAUGAUAUAGAAGAAAUUUAAAUGGAUUCAAUGAAAAAAGAGUAGUAAAUUGAAUACAUAAAUCCUUGUGAUGAUCCAGAAGCAUAACUCUAAGAUUCGAAUUAUCGAAGUUCAAUACUUCCUUAAAUUUUGACAUCUCAUCAUUAGUUUGAAACACCAAAAGGAUUGCAUACCAAAGCUUAAUUUGCAAGACCAAUACUGCCUGGAAUUAAUAUUAGUUAGCAAGCUAUAGCAUUUAAUGAAAUAAGAGAAUCGAUAAACGAUAGAAUUUUACUAAGAAAUCCAUCAUAACUUAAUUCAAAUUCUAGUAAAAAACUAAAAGCUUAAUUAGGAAAUGGUUCUGAGUAUCAAUCAUUGUAAAGAUAUCUAAAUGAUGAUAAGGAAAAUCAAAAUUCAAUCAAUAAAAGUUUGAAGAAAAGAGUCUCAAUAGGUGCUAGUGGAUUGAGGUAAAAAAAGUACUUGGAUGAGCAAUAGCUAAUUUUUAGUCCCAGUUAGAAUAUUUUAAAUUUCUAGUAAAAUUAAGAUGAACUUAUUAGGUUCAAUCCAUAGUAUACCAGUUUAAAUAAGAAAAAUACAAUUAAUGGGGAUAAGAAUUCAGCUAAUCAAUCACUAAGGAAGUCAUUAGCACUGCCAGAGAUGUUUUCUGAAAUGAGUGAAUGCUAAUUAAUAACUUAACUAAAUAAAAGCAGAAGUAAAAAGAAGCGAUCAAAGAAAACUUCAACUGUCAAGAAAUAAAAUGAAUAAGACAAAGAAAACAGUUAAAAUGAGGAAAGCAAUUUAAAGCAACUUAUAAGUGGUAGAAAAAGCUUUAAUUCACCUUCAAAGAUUAAAGAAAACCUUGAAGAAAAACUUAUGAAGCUUAAUUAAAUGUCUAAUCAGAGAUAAAGCCUUGAAAUAAAGCUAAUGAGCUAACCAGAUAUACAACCAUUUAGAGAUAGGUAAAGGCUUAACUAGAUUGAUGAUGAAAUUUACACUGAAGCACCAACUAUGGAGGUGCCUUCACCAAGAUAACAUAAUGUACGAUCCUCAGUCGAAUUCGAUAAUAACUUAAAAAAGAGUCUUCCCUAAGUAAGAGAUUCUGCAAAUAGCACUAAUUUGAAGUAGUUUUUGUAACCUCAGCUGAUGAAGUAAAAAACAAAAGAGAAGCAGAAAAAGCAAGAGUACAACAGACUUGAGAGUAACUAAUCUGAGUCAACAAUAAAUCUGAAUAACAUGAAUGAAAUGUUCAAUGUGAAACCAAUAAUGAAUAGCUCUGUUGAGGAUACUAUUGACUAAAAGACUUCAUAAGUUGUAAGCUAGGCAAAGUUAAAUAACUAGAUUAAGCCGAAAAUCAGGCCAAAGAAACUUGUGAAAAAGAAAAAAGAAUAGGCAAUGCAAAAUACUUUUUAAACUGAGGAAAAUUCGAAGUCAUUCAUUUCAAAUACUCUUGGAAAUUUAAUGAAAGAUACUGAAGAGCAAAUUGAAAUAAGUGAAAUUAACAGAGACACUCACAACAAUUCUAAAUUCGAUGAUACUUAUAGAUCUAAAAUGUUUGAAGAUAGUGAUCAAUCAACUUUCAGAAUGAUAAACUUCACCGGUGCAGCUGGGCUAGGAAGCAGAUAGAGGUCCAAAAGAUAAAUUUCUUCAUAAAAUGAUUAUAUCACUUCCUAGACAUCCUAAAACAAUAUGACUGAUAAUAGUAGCUAAGCCCCAAUCGAUUUUUAUUCUAAUGUAUCAUAGCCACUUAACUUUAAAGAAGAGGAAAAAAAGGUAAAGGAAUAUAAAGCAGGAUAGGAUUAAAAGAAAUCUAAAAAGCCUAGUGUGGCUGAGAUUAUAUUAGAAGAAAAUAUUGCUACUGUUAAUUCUUCUCCAGAAAAGAACCCUAAAAUAGCAAUAUUUAACAUUUAAUAAUCUGCUAGUUCCUCAAAAAUUAAUACUUUUAGAUAGGAUGAUGUCUCUGAUGUUGUGGAAGAUUAAAACAUCGGAGAGUUCAACUUAGUCGACUAAAUAGAUGAAUUAAAUGUUGAGAUAUUGGAAAAGUAAAUUAAUGAGGGCUAGGAACAGCAAAGCGAAUGUGAUUUCAAUCCAAAAGAAUCUAAUCUAGCUCAUUAUAUGAAUAAGAAGUCUGCUAUCCAAAUAUUGAGAAAACCAUUGUAAAGCAAAGCUGAUACAAAUGAUAUGGAAAGCACACAGAGAGAGAAAUUCAAUUCUGCAUUUGACUCAGCUAAUGUCAAUCAAAAUCUUAGGUAUCAAGAGGAAUAAAGAAGAAAAAGAGAAGAUCUUGAGAUACUUCAGUUGAGAAUUGAGGAAUAACGAAGAAAGUUGAAAAAUUUUUUAAAACUAGCAAGACAACUAAAAUCCACAAAAGACGAGAAAAAAAUUAAGGAAUUUCUAAAAUACUUUAAAACCGAAUAAAAGCCUUUGCCCUACAAAAAAAUAAACGAGUUGAAAUCAUUAGAAAUAAUGAGUUCUCCUUACAAUCAAUCAUUAAUUGAUAUGAUUAAGGAUGAGUAUGACAAGUUUAGCAAAGUUGAUAAAAAAUCUUAGAAUGAAAAUAAACAUGAGUAGCCGAAAAAUAAGUAAUCAAAGUCGUAAAUAAGAAAUAUGGCUAAGCAAAAUGAUCUGAUAUCUAAACUUGGAGGAAUAUAUGGAUAAUCAAUAGGCAAUUCUUAAUUUGCUUCAAACUAAAGAGAUCAAAGUCAAAAAGGAAGAGCAGAUUCCAUUACAAGUGACUUCAAGGUUAAAGAAAAACUAGCACCAUCUAGAAGCAAGCUCUUAAUAAGUUCAAGGUAAAAAUUCUCAAGAGAUUCUUCAAAUAGCGCAGUUGAGCAAUCAAUGAGAUUUAAGAAAAGAGGUAAAAGAAAUUAAGUGCAGCUUCUUGAUUCAAAUACCAAUACCAAUCCUACAUUCUCAGGAGCAGAUGAUUCUUAAGUAGUCACUUUGAAAAACUAACUAAAAGUUGAAAAUUUCGGAUAAACUACUUCAGAGGAAGAGGACAACAUAAAUAAGGUAAAACUUGUUCAAACUAAAAACAAGAUUGAAAUUAGAGACUCUGAUGAAUUCAAUAAUUUAGAGUCUUUCUUGCAACAGUGA